UAACACACGCGUGAAAUCGGUAAUCGUUUUCUGUUAUAUCCAGUACGAUAAUGUACCUCAUUCUGUGUUAAAUCCGACAAGUCCAGGGACUAGUUUACAUGUUGCGAGAAGCGUGGAGGGAUGAGACCGUGCUCGCAUCCAGUCAAGUGCGUGUUUUCCCAACUGAGAUCAAUGGAUCUUGAGAGAGUUGUGCUUAGGUCGUGAUGAAACCAAGAUGGCGUGUAGUUCAGACAGGAUGAACGGUGGAUAGGUGACGAGGAAAGAAAACAUUGGAAACAACGCGUAUUUGGUCCACGCGGGCGAAACGGUUAUUAUAAAGAAAACGUCAACUUACAGGAGACUUUCAGGACUCAGUUGAACAGAAGAUCUCCGCGAUCAUCAUCCCUCUAACCGACCGAGAGAGUGUGUAUGUGUGAGUGUGUGUGCUGGGAUGGGCUGAUCGAGGAGGCCGCAGAGCCACUGCCACCCAGAGACUGACCCUCCACCGAACAAUAGACCCCUUGAUCAUCAAACAAGACCCCGAAAGACACAAUUAAUAAAACACACCGGCUCACUAAUCAUUCCGAGGCGACACCGAAGAAUAAGAAGAACUCAGACCAAGUGCAAAAAUAGCGAUGGAUGGAGGGGAGGAGUUUGUUCCGCCGCCGGAGUGUCCAGUGUUUGAACCGUCAUGGGAGGAGUUUGCGGAUCCUCUGGGAUAUAUCGCCAAAAUCCGUCCAAUAGCAGAAAAGUCUGGAAUAUGCAAGAUUCGCCCACCACCUGACUGGCAGCCACCAUUUGCUGUGGAGGUGGACAAUUUCCGGUUCACACCACGUAUUCAGAGGCUCAAUGAGCUUGAGGCUGAGACACGAGUGAAGCUAAAUUAUUUGGACAGAAUUGCCAAGUUCUGGGAGAUCCAGGGAUCCUCUCUGAAGAUCCCCAACAUAGAGCGACGUAUUCUAGAUCUGUUCAGUUUGGCCAAGAUUGUGACAGAGGAAGGGGGUUUCGAGGCUGUGUGUAAGGAAAGACGCUGGGCACGUGUGGCACAGAAACUCGGUUAUCCUCCUGGCAAAAACAUUGGCUCUCUUCUGAGGUCACACUAUGAGAGGAUCGUCUAUCCAUUUGAGUUGUUCCAGUCUGGAGCCAGUUUACCGCCAUGUAAGCCAAAGCCGUAUGACAGUGAGGAGAUAGACAGGGAAUACAAACCCCACUCCAUUCCUCUCCGCCAGUCAGUCCCGCCAUCCAAGAUGAGCAGCUAUGGACGACGAGCCAAUCGCCUUAAGCCUGAGGGUCCAGAGGAUCCAACUCACCACCCUCUUACAACUGGCUCUCAACACAUCUCCUCGCCGGAGCCUACAGAGGAAGACAUAGAGAAGAACCCUGAGCUGAAAAAGCUGCAGAUCUACGGGGCUGGACCUAAAAUGAUGGGGCUCGGUCUGGUACCUCGAGACAAGACACGGAAAAAAGAUGAACUGCCACAGACAGUAAUAGUGCGAGACAGCGCUGCCAGUGCAUCUGUAAAGGAUGAACCAGGAGAGACACCGGUUACAAAAGCAGAUCCAGACAUUCCCCCACCACCCCCAAAUCUCAUUGUCAAGGAGGAUGUUGAUGAUGACAAAAAUCACACUGAUGAUCCUAAUGACUCCGGUGAUGAACCCUGCACCAAGAUGACCAUGAGACUCAGGCGCAACCUCAGUAACCCACAGUUUGUGGACUCGUUUGUAUGUCGGAUGUGCGGACGUGGGGACGAGGAUGAGAAGUUGCUGCUCUGUGAUGGGUGUGAUGAUAAUUAUCACACAUUCUGCCUGAUACCUCCACUCUCAGACCCACCCAAGGGCAACUGGCGCUGUCCCAAAUGUGUAGCAGAGGAGUGUAAAAAGCCAACAGAGGCGUUUGGUUUCGAGCAGGCCACGCGAGAGUAUACGUUACAGAGCUUCGGUGAGAUGGCCGACACUUUUAAAGCAGACUACUUCAACAUGCCUGUCCAUAUGGUGCCGACAGAGCUGGUUGAGAAGGAGUUUUGGAGGUUAGUCAGCAGUAUUGAAGAAGACGUAACUGUAGAAUACGGUGCAGACAUUCACUCAAAAGAAUUUGGUAGUGGUUUUCCCGUCAACAACGGCAAGAGACAUUUGUCAGAUGAGGAAGAGGAAUAUGCCCGCAGCGGUUGGAACUUAAAUGUUAUGCCAGUGUUGGAGCAGUCAGUAUUGUGCCACAUCAAUGCCGAUAUCUCUGGCAUGAAGGUGCCAUGGUUGUAUGUGGGCAUGGUGUUCUCUGCUUUCUGUUGGCACAUAGAGGAUCACUGGAGUUACUCUAUUAACUAUUUACACUGGGGUGAGCCCAAAACAUGGUAUGGUGUGCCAGCAUGUGCUGCAGAGAAGUUAGAGGAGGUGAUGAAGAAACUCACACCUGAGCUUUUUGAGUUCCAGCCAGACCUGCUCCACCAGCUUGUCACCAUCAUGAACCCAAACAUACUCAUGACUCAUGGAGUGCCGGUGGUUCGGACCAAUCAGUGUGCUGGGGAGUUCGUCAUCACUUUUCCACGAGCUUAUCACAGCGGUUUCAAUCAGGGAUAUAAUUUUGCCGAAGCAGUCAACUUCUGCACUGCAGACUGGCUGCCCACAGGGCGCUCUUGUAUUGAGCAUUACCGGCGGCUGAGACGCUACUGUGUGUUCUCUCACGAGGAACUCACCUGCAAGAUGGCGGCCUGCCCAGAGAAGCUGGAUCUGAACCUGGCAGCCGCCACCCACAGGGAAAUGUUCAUCAUCGUACAGGAGGAAAGGAAACUACGCAAAAGCCUGCUGGAAAGGGGCAUAAAGGAAGCAGAAAGGGAAGCAUUUGAGUUGCUGCCUGAUGAUGAAAGACAGUGUGACAAAUGUAAGACCACCUGCUUCCUCUCAGCCCUGGCGUGUUCGAACUGCCAAGAACGUCUCGUCUGCCUCUACCACGCCCAGGACCUCUGCUCUUGCCCCAGUGAAAAACUCUACCUCAGGUAUCGCUAUACUCUGGAUGAACUCUUGGCCAUGUUGCAUCGGCUGAAAGUUCGCGCCGAGUCUUUUGACUCAUGGGCCAACCGAGUGAAGGAAGCCCUAGAGCAGGAAGAAGGCAACAAAAUAGACAUUAAAGAACUGGAGGUUCUGAAAGAAGAGGCAGCUGAUAAGAAGUUCCCCAAUAAUGAGCUGCUGCAGCGCCUCAAUGCCAUUCUUGUGGACAUACACAAGUGUGAGAGCAACAGCACAGAGCUUCUCAGCAACAGCCAGAGCAGGAGAAUGAAUCUGGAGGAGCUGAGGACUCUAGUGGACACCAUGCAGAACCUGCCCUGUGUUAUAAAACAGCUGGAGGAAGUGCAGGCGGUGUUGCAGAAGAUAGAAGAGUUUGAUGCACGUGCUCAAGCUCUGGUUGACAGCACAAAAAGCGAGUGGAAGCAGGACUCUCCUCUUCCCGCGGCUGCAGAGAUCCAGGCCCUGCUGGAGGAGGGAGCGUCACUGCCCGUUAUUGCCCCAGCAUGUGAGCUCCUGAGCGGGCUGCAGGAGCAGGGUCGAUGGCUGGGAGAGGUCAGGCGGACGUUGGGGCCGGAGGGAAGUGAGGUCACUCUAGCUGUGCUGAGGAACUUGAUGGAGUCAGGUUGUAACGUACCACAGAGUGUAUCAGUGGAGACCGCAAUGGCUGAACUGCAAGAGCUACUGACUAUAGCCGAGCGCUGGGAGGAGAAAGCACAGAUCUGUCUGGAGGACAGGCAGAAACACCAUCUGUCGACGCUGGAGGCAAUCGUGAACGAGGCGCAGCUAAUACCAGUGCAGCUGCCUAACAUCCUGUCCCUGCAGGCCUGCUUGAGCAGAGCUCGCGCUUGGGUCACUGAUCUGGAGGAAAUUCAGAAGAACGGUGAGCACUACCCGUGUCUUGAUGACCUGGAGGGUUUGGUAGCCAUUGGGCGGGACCUGCCAGUGAAGAUGGAGGAGUUGAAGCAGCUGGAGCUGCAAGUGGCCAGUGCCCACUCUUGGAGAGAGAAAGCCAGCAAAACCUUCCUGAAGAAGAACAGCCAGCACAGUUUGCUGGAGGUGUUGUGCCCAUGUGUUGAGAAGAGCAAGAAGAGGGAGGAGAACUCAUUGAGUACGGAAGCAGAUUCAGAUGUCAAUGUAUUAGGCCUCACAGCUCAGGACCUCCGAGACCCAGGAGCCAUUGUGAUGGCAUUCAAAGAAGGGGAGCGUCUGGAGAAAGAGGCCCUCCUCCGCCUCCAGCAGGUUAAUUUAACUAAACCCGGUGUGGAAAAAGGAGCAAGCGGUGAACAGAAUGGCAUCAAGACAGAAAGGAAACAAAGUGAUUCCAUGGAUACAGACACACCCCUCAACUCGGACAGUGCUGUGCUGCAAAAUGGUGGCUCCGCCCCUUCCCUCACCCCUGGCCAAUCAGUGUGUGUGUGCAGUGGCCCACCCCGCCCCUUGCUUCACCGCUGCCAUCUGUGCAAAGACUGGUUCCACGGAGGUUGCGUAUCCUUUCCAUCACUGCUGGGCUCCUCUGACGUAAAUCUCUCAAAGCCCCUCUGCUGGUGGGACUGGAACACACGUUUCCUCUGUCCGCGUUGCCAACGUUCCAGGCGGCCACGGUUGGAAACUAUUCUAGCGCUGCUGGUGGCGCUACAGAAGUUACCUGUACGCCUGCCAGAGGGAGAGGCGUUACAGUGUCUUACAGAGAGAGCCAUUAACUGGCAGGGUCGAGCCAAACUAGCACUAGAUGCUCCGGAAGUUCAGGGAGCGCUAGAGAGACUCCAACAAGUGGAGGAGGAAAUGAGCAGUAUAAAAGAGGAGGAGCCAGAGGAGAAAAACAAAUGGAAUGGGGAUACUGUAAUUGUGUUGUCUGACUCGGAGGAAACAGAAGAUGGUGUUAUUGAUCUGACGGACGAUGUGAACUCGCCAAAAAAGAGUGAAGAGAAGGCUACUAACGGUUCACAGUCUGGGUGUCAGAAUGGAGUUGCUAAGAAGUCAGGCACUCAUGACAUUACAGGGGUGGAGUCUCUGUUGUCACUAGUGCCGUGUCUUAAAGGGUCGGUGAUCGAGCUGACCACAUCCACCAGAGCACAGCUGGAGGAGCUUCAGCUAGAAGGAGACCUGCUGGAGGUCACGCUAGACCAGACACACACUAUUUACCGGAUCCUACAGGCGGCAUCACAGCCGCCUAGUGAUGCCCUGCACACGCUCAUUCAGAUUGAGCUGCAGGAACAGAGAAGCUCAGGUCGUGGCAGCAAGUCAAAGGACUCUAAGAGGAAGAGAAAGAGCCAGAAAACCGAAGGCGAGCCUAAAUCCACAGAGGCUUCUGAAUCCAAGAAGACGAAAUCCACAGAUCAACACACAGAUCUUGUGAUGAUUUCCUGAAGCUGCAGAGGAGCAGAUGACGUGAAUGACAGAACCACAGAGACAGAAAAACGCAGGCCUCAGGCUCAUUUCCCCACAUAAUAAGCUCACAUUAAUUUUUUUUUUUUUUUAUUUCAACCCAUCAAGUGGACGCUCCCCACCAUACUAACCACUGCACUUUUUCCUGUUUUUCUUCCUCUUUGCCUCUGUUUUCACCCCUCGUCCUGAACGGUGCACUGGUGCAGGCUGCAGAUCUCUGUUCUCUUAGAAGAGGGAUAAAAUGGGAUUUGCCCUGCUGUUAAGCUGUCUGUCUUUACAAUGUAGAUGUACCAAACUGUUCUCAACGCAAAUGGCGUGUGCCGCAUAAUAUGACUUGUCCAGGUAUUUACAUUCGACGACGGGCAGAAGGGGGCGUUUAGCAGGAAACCGGCGUUGCUGCCACAAUGAAACCCGUAUUCUUUUUGUACCGAGUCUCGCGUUUUGUCAGGGAGAUUCGACAUUGUGAAUAAACUAGUAUAAUAUUUUGAAAGUGUGAUGGAAAAUCAAAGGCAUUUACGUUCUGGUGCUACUUUCCUAAGAUAGGUUACCACAUAGUCCUUUCUCUCUUUUCCUCUGAGUUUUGCUGUCUUCAUUGUCAUUUCCUUUCAGUGAUUCUGUUGUCUCUUUUAAGCUACCUGCUCUCUACCCCUCUUCCUCUCCAGAGAACUGUACAAAAUCUCACUUUAACUCCCUUUAUCUCCAUUUUAUUUUGUCGCUGGGGUUCUAAUAAUUCUAUUAUAUUAUUAUUAUUAUUAUUGGUAUUGCUAUUGCAGACACGCAUUGUCGUGAGUUUGUGUAUAAACAUUUUCAUUUCAAUGUUGCCUUUGUUUCUUUUCACUCUUGUUAGAAAAUAAAAGUUUAGACUUGUUUUAGGAA